AUGGAAACGCGCAAACGUGGCCGCCCAGCAAGGGCUCCGCCAUCAACUGCGCCCGUGGUGAGCAGAAGAGGGCGCCGCCAGACAGAGGACGACUCGGCAGGCGAAGAAGCAGUCAUUCCCACUGCAUCUGCUCCAGUGCCUCGCCGAGGAGCCCCCAGAAACGGACCAUCGUCACCCAGUAUUCACGGAGGCCGGAGAGGAGACGGCUUGCAGUCAGAUGACGACUCAGAUAGCAGCAAUGCAAACGUCGAGGCUAAGGUCUCCAACACGGGGGACGAUGAGGCGUCCAAAGAAUACCGCCAGCUUAUGAGACUCUCGCUGCCUGAUCUUGCACACAGCUCCAAAGAGCUGCUCAAGUUCUUUGCAGCCAACAGCAACGGAACAUUGAGUCCCGUCAAGGAGAAGCUGCUACAGAUCAAGCGCCGGGCAUUCUCCAGCUCGCGUGAGAUAUUCGACACGGACAAUUCUCCAAAGCUAUUUCUGGACUGGACUUGGUUUGAAGAUAUCCACUCGGAUGCCGAGGAGAUCGAUGAUGAUGCCAAUGCAACCCUCACACUCUCCAACUUGGCCGGCUUGGUGAGCACGCUCUACGCAGUGCAGCACGAUGAUGCCGUUGGUUUAUCUUCACUAAUAUCCGAGCUGGACUCAUCUUUCCCUUACCUAUUUGGGGAGGAUGAUUAUACAAAAGUCGAGGCAGAUAUUGCGCUAUCCAUCCGAACGGCACGUUGCAUCUUUGCCCUCAAAGAGAACAAGGGCAAGAACAGGAAGCCAGCACAAACCAUCAUUGCCAGCAUCUUCUGUGAAGAAGAUGCGCCAGGAGAUGCAGCAUUGCAGAUCACAAACGGGCCUUUUGUUCAACUUCCAGGAAUUAACGAGUAUCUGGCAUCGGAGCUCCUAUCUCGCCGGGCAGAGUCCAUCUACCGGAGUGCCAGAACUGACAAAAAGGGUUCAUCAAUUGAUCAAUUGGAAGCGAUGUUCUCCACACCAGAACUUCUUUCCGAGCUGCGUGAAUGGGCUAUGAAGUCGUAUAAAUCGAUCAUUACUGCGCCCGAAAACAAAACCUCCAAGGCUGCCGAACCUGCACCCGAGGUUGAGGCAGACGCUGACGCGGGGCAGAGCACUCCAGAGCAACACGAGGAGGAUUCUGCUGGAGAUUCACAAGACAUGGCCGUUGAUACGCAGCCAAUUGAGCGCCCUGGCCUUGGUGCCUCCAUCUUCAAGGGCGUCCAGAGUGUUACAAGCCUAUUCACAUCACGAUCCGCCGACCGUCGACACACCAUCGGGCCUGGACCAGACGCCAGCCAGCAAACAGCUCGCGAACGAGUGACCCCGUCGAGUCUCAAGAGACCAUUUAUUGACGACGAUGAGGAUGACGACGAUGAUGGUGCCUUUGAAACAGAUAGACGCCCCAUCAACCAGGAGCGUCAGUCUGCGCUGAGAGCAACCCAUUUGGCGCGCCGGCCGCGCAUCAACGAUGGGCUGUUUGUCGAGCAGAGCCGGUCCGUCACGCCUCUUGCACACCAGAUGAUUCGACCAGCUAGCUCCGAGGUCAGCCCCGUGCUGGCACAGAUGCGCCAGGACAAGCGCGAGGUGAUGCAGCGGGUGCGGGAGAUGAAUCAGACGGCGACGGUAGAGGACGAGGUGAUGCUGCAGGCGCUGGCAAGGCAGCACCAGGACCAGAUCAAGCGGCGUAUCCCGUGGUCAGACCACGACACGGAGCUGCUGAUUGGGCUGAUCCAGAAGCACAAAGCCAUGUGGGCAGAGAUUGCGCGCAGCGGCACCGACCUCUUCGAGACGCCACGCAACCAGCAGGCGUGUCGCGACCGCGCUCGCAACCUCAAGGUCGACUUUCUGCUCGCCAAUGCCGUCCUGCCGCGCGAGUUUGACAGAGUCGCCCUCGGAAAGAAGGAGGUGGAGAGGAUUGUGCGCGCGCGCAAGAAUCCACUGCGCGUCGAGAACGAUGUUGAUGAUGACGGCUAUCCCAUUAAUACGCAGCUUGUGCUGCAGUAG